CCACGCCUUACGAUUUGAUUUUUCACGUUGUGCGGAAGCAACCCACGCGACGGCAGUCAACGCCAGAGGUUCGGAGGUCAAACAUUGCAAUUUCCUGCUGAAAUCGCCGCUACUGCAACUUCAAUCCAUCUCCUUCCCCCCCUUUCUUAUUCCCAACUUCAAAUUUUCUCAGCGGCUCGAAAGGAGAACAGAGCAGAAGAGAAUUUAGGGAUCUUUCGUUUCAGUCCGCUGUCCUGAUCAUUUCAUCUCUUUCAUUCACCAGUUCCCCGACAAUAAUUCAGAUUAUUUGGUGGAAAUAAUUUGUUUCAUUGUCCGAUCGGAGGAAGAAGUGGAAGGAACUGCAAUAAGAACCGGAUGGUGAAGGAGACAGAAUACUACGAUGUCCUGGGAAUCAGCCCCACGGCCUCCGAGGCCGAGAUUAAGAAAGCUUAUUAUAUUAAGGAGUUUCAGGACUCAGGGGAAGGUUGGGCUCUUCGGGAAGGCUUUGGGGCUGUGGAUACUGAAGGUGGGAUCAUCGUGUUUCAGGACUCGAAGAAGUUCUUGAAGAGAGGUGUAAGAGCACGGCAGGUCCAUCCAGAUAAAAACCCUAAUGAUCCUCUGGCUGCACAAAAUUUUCAGGUUUUGGGAGAGGCUUACCAGGUGCUAAGUGAUCCAUCACAACGACAGGCCUACGAUGCUAAUGGGAAAUCAGGAAUUUCAACAGAAGCAAUCAUUGAUCCUGCUGCAAUAUUUGCAAUGCUCUUUGGGAGCGAGCUUUUUGAGGAGUACAUUGGCCAGCUUGCCAUGGCAUCAAUGGCUUCAUUGGAUAUUUUCUCAGAAGGAGAGCAGUUUGAUGCCAAAAAGUUGCAAGAGAAAAUGAAGGUUGUUCAAAGGGAAAGAGAAGAGAAGCUUGCUGAAAUACUGAAAGAUCGACUCAACCUGUAUGUUCAAGGAAACAAAGAGGACUUUGUUAGUCAUGCUAAAGCAGAAGUAUCAAGGCUUUCUAAUGCAGCUUAUGGUGUUGAUAUGUUGAAUACGAUUGGCUAUAUAUAUGCAAGACAGGCAGCUAAAGAGCUGGGGAAGAACGCAAAAUAUUUGGGGGUACCAUUUAUUGCUGAGUGGUUCAGAAACAAAGGCCAUUUCAUUAAAUCCCAAGUAACAGCCGCAACAGGUGCUAUUGCUUUAAUCCAGCUUCAAGAGGAUAUGAAACGGCAGCUCAAUGCAGAAGGAAACUACACUGAGGAAGAACUAGACGCAUACAUGCAGACUCACAAGAAGUUGAUGAUUGAUUCCCUUUGGAAACUUAAUGUAGCUGAUAUUGAAGCCACCCUUUCCCGUGUUUGUCAGAUGGUUCUUCAAGAUAAUAGUGCAAGGAAAGAGGAGCUACGUGGUCGAGCAAAGGGUUUGAAAACUCUUGGUAAAAUCUUUCAGAGGGUUAAGCCAGCUAAUGCUAAUGAGAAUGAAACUGCACUGAAUGAUAACCUCCAUAAACUCAAUGGAGGAGAACCUAGCGCUGCAGCUUCUUCUCCAAGUUUAUCUCCAAAGUCUUCAAAUCCUGAAGAAACAUCAUGUUCUGCAUUUGUAAACCCGAGCCCAUAUGUGGAGGCUCCCCAAAUUGCCGGUGCCCAAUUUCACUAUAACUUCCCAAUGCCAACAGCACCACCUGGCGCGCAGAGACAUCCAUAAACACGCUGGACUGGAUUGCUACUUUGAUAGUACUGGUUAGGAGAGUCUUAAAUUGUUGAAUAUAUUCUAGAGAAGAAAGUUUGGGGUGGUAGUGGUCCUUUUGGGGGCCUUGUUAUCUGCUGGAUGUGUUUAUAUAGAUACAUGUAUGAUGUGAGGCAUAUCCUUCGUGUUUAACUGCCUGCCAUGGCGUAUUUGUAUUCCUGGAAGAUGGAAACAAACAUUGAUUGAGAGGGAGGGUUGUUGAUGAUAUUACCUUUCAUUGGAGAGAUGGGGUUAUGUUGUAAUUUGAAUAUUAGUGUUGAAUUCAUGUAUUCACAGUUGCGUUUGCAGUUGUAUAUUCAGGCCGAAGAAUUUACGUUC